ACAACCUUGAAGAGAUACACUAUAAAGUUGACAGUUUUAUAUAUAGUUAGUUCGAUUACAAAUUACUAUUAUUUAUAAAUGGUAUCUUUAAUGGUGUUACAAGAAAAACGUGUUAUUGUAAAAUACAUUACGUGGGAGGGGAUUUGAGAACCCCAACCAGUUUAAGAAUUAGAAUCAUUUGGAUAUUUCCUGAGUGUGUGUUCGAUUUAUUAAAAUUUUUCUGUGAAAUGACUCAAAAUAGUAAUUGCGAGGAAGUUAUUAAACCCAACAGUGUUCGUCAACUUCAUCUUAAACAAUUUAAAGAGAGAAAAUCAGUAUUUACCGAACUUUCAAAAACGAAACAUUUCUUAACAGUUAAGCAUUUAUUUUAUUGUAUAUUGUUUGGAUUAUUAUUAAAAGAUGUAGCUUUUAAUUUUAUUUUAAACAAAAAGGUGGAUUAUGGUCUCCGAUCCAUAAUGUUUGGCUACGCCAAGUUUCACAUUUUCCUAAUACUUUGGUAUUUAAUUUUUACGUUAAAUGUAUUAACAUUUACGUUUUAUAAUUUAUGGGUAACCAUAAGAAAGAAAUGUUUAAUAAGAUCCCUAAAUACUUUAUGGGUUGAUUGUAUAUUUUUUUGUUUGUUAAUUGGUUAUUAUAUCGGAUCACUUUAUGGUGUACCUGUUUUAAUAAGAAUAUUUAAUUUACCAAUAUUAUCAGCAGGUUCUUUGUUAACGGAACAGGUGAGAUUAAUAAUGAAAUCGUAUUCAUUUAUACGAAGGAACGUCCCGGAAGUUUUAAAUUAUAAACCACAUCGUGAUAAAAAAAUUUUCCAACCAAAGUUUUCCCAUUAUAUAUAUUUUUUGUUUGUACCCACCUUAAUUUAUCGUCAUAAAUAUCCUCGCACAAAAAGUAUCAACUGGAAUACUGCAAUACACUGUUUCCUCGAAGUGAUCGUUUGUAUUUGGUUACAAAGUUAUACAAUGGAUUAUUUCUUUGUAAAAAAAUUUGAAACAAUAGGAAUCAUCAAACAUGAUUGGAGUUACGUAAUUAUAGUAAUACUAGAAGGUGCAAUUGGCGGAUUUCUAUUAGUUGUGUUGCUUUGUUAUCAACUUCUACAUAAUUGGAUGAACGGUUUCGCAGAAAUUUUAAAAUUUGGCGAUAGAAAAUUUUACGACGAUUGGUGGACUGCAACGAAUUUCCAAACUUUUUUUCGAAAAUGGAAUAUAAUCGUCCAAGAUUGGUUAUACGAAUAUAUUUAUAAAGAUUUCUCAGAAAAAGUCACCGUCAACAACAAAGUUAUCCCGAAAAUUAUGGUUUUUUUAGUCUCAGCUAUCGUACACGAAUACAUUUUAACCGUUAUUACGCAACAGUUUUUUCCCUUUCUUUUCGUUAAUUUUUUUAUAUUCGGCAUGAUAUUUUCGUUUUUGAAUACAAAACAUAUUGUUUAUAACAUAUUAUUUUUGUAUGGUCUUUCGUUUGGUUUUAGUUUAAAUGUAAGCUUUUAUACAAUGGAAUCAUUUGCACGAAAAAAUUGUCACGUUGAAUAUAAUACGACAUCACAAUUUUUACCUAGAAUAUUUUCUAGUCAAUGUAUAAACGCAUUACAAUGAAAUAACUAUUAAAUUACGUUUAGAAUUUAUAAAGAAUUUAUUUCAGCAAUUACAUAAACAGUUUAUUUUCUGAA